AUGUACAUUCUUUGUAAUUGCUGGAUAAUUUUACAUAUUUUAUUCUCAUUAAUUUGGAGGGUAAAUGCCUAUAAGGCAGAACAAAUUAUUCGUCGUGGUCCAGGUCAAGAUCCACAAUGUGCAGAUCCUCUAAUCAAUUCAAUUGAUGCAUUUCCUGAUACUUCAUUUUCUUCUAGCAGUGUUUGGAAGAAUGCGACUGAUUUUCAGCCCUUCAGAGCUAGAUUAUCCGAAGUGUAUGGAAGUAAUGAACAUACAAGUGGUUAUGCCUGGUGUCCAAAUACACACGUAGAAGAUGGUCUGCGUGAAUGGAUUCAAGCAGAAUUCUCACAUUUAGUCAUCAUCAGUGUUAUCUUCACAGUUGGACGUGGUGACGGAAAUGUGAAAGAAUAUAUGCCAAAUUUUGUUUUACGAUACCAACGGGAAGAUAAUGGUAUCUGGUAUGAACAUGUGAAGAGUGAUGGUACACGAGUUCUAAAGGCUAAUAACGAUCCACGGAAUAUAGCUAGAACUACACUUGAUUCAGUUGUUAUCGCUAAGCGUAUACGCAUUUACCCUUACAGUCAUCGAUCGAAACAACGAGUAUGUCUCCGAUUCGCGUUGUAUGGAUGCGAUUUUCCAGAUGGUGUUACAGCCUAUUCAAUGCCUCAAGGGGAUACAAUCACAUAUGGUCGAUCAGUAUUUGGUUCCCUCUAUUCAGCCCCACAUAGUUUUCAAGAUUUAACUUAUGAUGGUCAGUUGAUUGAAUCAGAGAAUCAAUUGAUGGGUGGAAUAGGUCAACUAAUGGAUAAUGUAGCCUAUUUAGGCAAUGUUACCCUACUAUCAGAUUCACAUCCUAAUCAACCUGGCUUUCAUUUUGUUGGAUGGCAAAUCCCUAAUCGAGAUUUACGCAUUGUUUUCAAAUUUGAUGAAGUCCGAAGUUUCUUUUGGCUUCGAAUAUUUACCUUCGAUUCUGUUCCACUACAAUCACGUGUUUUCUCAAGAGCUGUUGUUGAAUUUAGCAUGGAUGGAAAGAAUUUCGGUAAACCGAUUGAAAUUUUAACUAGUCGUGCACGUAUGGUUGAUCCAAAUCAAAUCAAUCCAACAAGACUAUCGAUAUCUGAUGAGACAUCAAAAACGAAAAGGUCAGUCAAUUCAAUCAAUCCAUUGACUCAAGAGACUAUUGUUUAUAGUAAUCGUGAAUGGGAUGGUGCAUUAGUUGUACAGAUGCCUUUAGCCAGUAAUACAGCACGUUAUGUCAGCCUUACUUUAACACCGGGCGAUUCAUGGAUUUUGUUGUCUGAAGUGCAGUUCAACUCCACUAUUGUACAUCCAAAAUCAUCGUUACUUUUGGCUAAUACAGAGUUGAAUUCACCAGCGAAACUGUUCGAUGAAAGUAGUCCACAUGAACAGAAUUCAUUUAACAAUCAUCCAAAUGAAAAUUUAUUUCGAAGUUCACCAAUGGUGGACAAUUCAGAGAUAAAUGCGAUUCACGAUUCACAGAAUGUGAAUAAAGCGGGGAGUUCAGGAAACCAGUCACCAACCGGUAAUGAGAAGUCAUCUUCAUCAAAUCAUGAAAUGCGUUCAGCUGGAGAAACCUUGAUUAGAAAAGAAAAUUACUAUGAGUCCUCUUCCUCUAAAUCAACAUCAGCACCACCGCCAUCAACACAAUUACCUCAAAUUAUUGUCAUAGUGUCUUAUGUGCUAGGCGGUGUAUUAUCUUUGUUUAUUCUGCUUGCUUUAAUAAUUAUUGUACAAAGAAGAUGUCGGCAUUAUUUACACUUUAAACACCAAUGUUGUAAACAAUUGGCAGUCGAGACAACAGGGAUUUCAUCAUCCAAUCCAUCCGGUGGUUUUUAUUCACCGAUUUCAUUAAUUAGUCCUUGUGGCAAUAGUAGUAAUACUAACAGUGGGGUGAAUAAUUUAAUGAAUUAUAAUGUUGUGAAUACAAUGAAUAUCCCAGAAGCUGCAAAACUCUUACAGUCUCUGCCUACACUAUCCCCAAAUGCAAGAACAACAGACAAUUUUGUACAUAAUUGCUUGCCGAAUGGUGCUGCCACUGGUGCCGCCACUGGUGCCGGUAGUGUUGUACAUCAUCCAAACAGUAUAUUACAAUAUACUAUGAAUAACAGUAAUAAUAAUAACAACAACAAUACCUCAGUUACAGAUAAUAAUUCAGUGAUUAUGAACAACAGUAAUGCUCGAUUUGGUAGUGCAACAUGCAGUGGUUUUGCUAUAGCUGGUAAGUUGGACUAUGCAUCAUCUAUACCUCCACCUUUACCGCCUACUGGUGGUGGUCUAAUGUUACCUCGUAUACCUCAAACUACAAUGUGUGGAAGUGUUGGUAGUACAAAUGUCAACAAUGAUCAAAUUGUCGCACCGACAAGUAUGUAUAUACAAGCCAAUCCCAAUCGAUUGCCUACUACAUUUGUUGGAAGUGACUUGAACAGUUUGAGUGGAAUGAGUCCCGAAUAUGCUAGUGCGUCUAUAUUUGGCUUUACACCACCACCAUCUGAUCUUUCAGACGGUGCAUCUAUUAACUGUGGAGACAAUAAUAUCGCAUCAAAUUAUUAUCGUCCUAUUGUUUCACGACUUGGUAAUCAUCCAAUCCACGGUUUACCGACUACACUGAAUACGAAUUACAAUGGGCCUGCUUCACUACCAAUUCCUGGACCCACUUAUGAACUGCACACAACACAUAUUUCACCGAAUACAAUUCCUGUUACCACUGGCAAUAUUAUCAACAAUGGUAGUAGUGGACAGUUUCAAUCAACUUUGCAUCAACAAACUCCUGCAGGAUUUUUAUUUCUUCCACGUUCACAAAUAGGAGGAGGUGCUGGCGGUGCAAAUAAUAUGAUGAAUCGUAUAUCUUUCACCACUAAUCAAUUUCAACAGUUGAACAAUAAUAGUAAUAAUAAUGGGUUUAUAUCUACAGUUGGCGCAGACCCAUACAAUAUCUAUCAAGCAGCUGGAAUGACUUUACCAAUCCAAUCCAAUUUACAAAUACAUCAUCAACAACAACCAGUUGAUUAUCAACUCAGUAAACGAUCUGAUGACAAUACAUGGCAAUCAUCACUUAAUAAUCCCGAGACAACAAUGAUACAUUCUGAACCUCAAACACCACUUACAGAACUAUGUUUAAGUAACUCAGAAACAUCAUGGCCAAGAACUGUAAAUAAUAACAAUAAUAAUACUAAUAAUCGAAUGGUGAAUAUAAAGGAAAUUACAAAUGGCACAUUGAAAAACAAUUGUUUCCUUCCUGUUAUGAAUACUUCAACAACAUUGACUAAUCAUUAUAAUGAUGAACAACUUGCCCGAUCGUAUUUCCCUUCAUCAAAUCAACAGCUUAUCUAUCCUCCAUUUCCACCUCCACCGAGAGUUACACAAACCUCUGAGACAACACCACCACCACCACUUCCAUCACUGACGAUAACAACAACAACAAAUGGACCAAAUUUCUCCUCUCGUGGUAGUCCAGUAGGUGCAGCAGCCACAACAAAUGGGUCUGCUUCUGCUGGCGGUGGUUAUACAGUGGAUGAGAGCACAAAUUCUGGUCCUUCUAUGUCUUUUUACUCCACAUUGUAA